GGGCUCCCGGCGGCCGCGGGCUUGGCGGCUGCGACCAGAGGGGAUGAAGAAGACGUGGAGGAGUCGUUUUUGCAGUAAUUGCUCUCACUGCUAAGAUCUGAAACAGGGCCGUGUUGAUGCUAGCUGAAGAACAUUUCUGCAGCCCACAUACAGUUUGCUUAUAUGACUGUAAGCCAUGCCUUUAGUCAAGAGGAACAUAGAACCUAGGCAUCUUUGCCGAGGAGCACUACCAGAAGGAAUUUCCAGUGAACUGGAAUGUGUGACCAAUAGUACCUUGGCAGCUAUCAUACGACAGUUAAGCAGUCUAAGCAAACAUGCUGAAGACAUAUUUGGUGAGCUGUUUAAUGAAGCCAACAACUUUUACAUCAGAGCAAAUUCUCUUCAAGACAGAAUUGAUCGUCUUGCUGUCAAAGUUACCCAGCUGGAUUCGACGGUGGAAGAGGUAUCACUACAGGAUAUUAACAUGAAGAAAGCAUUCAAAAGCUCUACAAUACAAGACCAGCAGGUGGUUUCCAAGAACAGUAUUCCCAAUCCAGUUUCUGACAUUUACAAUCAGAGUGAUAAGCCGCCUCCCCUGAAUAUACUUACACCUUACAGAGAUGACAAGAAAGAUGGAUUGAAGUUCUACACUGAUCCUUCCUAUUUCUUUGAUCUCUGGAAAGAGAAAAUGCUACAGGAUACAGAAGACAAAAGGAAAGAGAAAAGAAGACAAAAGGAGCAAAAGCGUAUAGAUGGCACAACCCGUGAGGUGAAAAAGGUUAGAAAAGCCAGGAACAGGCGCCAGGAGUGGAAUAUGAUGGCAUAUGACAAAGAGCUUAGACCUGACAACAGGUUGUCUCAAAGUGUGUACCAUGGAGCAUCUUCCGAGGGAUCCCUGUCCCCAGAUACUAGGUCCCAUGCAUCUGAUGUGACUGAUUAUUCUUACCCUGCUACUCCAAACCAUUCUCUCCAUCAGCAGCCAGUGACUCCUUCUUAUGCAGCAGGAGAUGCACAGCAGUAUGGGCCUGCAAACCAAGCCCUGGAGCAUGAGUAUAAUAGACCUCCUUCAACCACGGUCAGACACAUGACCUUGAACAGACCUCAGCAGCCACCCCCACCCCCGCCACAGGCCUCAGAUGGCUCGCAGGCUUCUGCACCUUUGGUUCCAUCGGACUAUGGGAUGCUCCCAGCACAGAUAAUUGAAUAUUACAACCCAUCAGGACCACCGCCGCCUCCACCGCCCCCCAUGAUUCCUUCAGCACAAACUGCAUUUGUUAGCCCUCUCCAGAUUCCUGCCCCCUCUUCCUAUCCUCCCUUAGCCACUAGUUCCACAUACACGGCUACUCCGCAUCCGCCCUCCACCGGGCUUGUGGUCACAGCUCCUCCCCCUCCGGGGCCGCCACCUCCCCCCCCUGGGCCCCCUGUAGCCGGUCCUUCUCUUUCAUCCUCCCCCAUGCACGGUCCCGCGGGGUCCGACGCAAAGAGGCAAGAACCAGCUCAGCCUGCCAUCAGUGAUGCUCGGAGCGAUCUCCUUGCUGCCAUUCGCAUGGGAAUUCAGUUGAAAAAGGUGCAAGAACAACGGGAACAAGAAGCGAAACGCGAGCCUGUGGGAAAUGAUGUGGCAACAAUCCUCUCGCGACGUAUCGCCGUGGAGUACAGUGAUUCCGACGAUGACUCGGAGUUUGAUGAAAAUGACUGGUCAGACUGAGGUUCUCUUCAUUAACACGCCACAUGGGGCAGCUCGUUGAAACUGAUGACACCACUGGCUGACAAGGAAGGCAGUGUAUUGAAAAUUUGUAGUAGCCUCAGUGUUCAUUUAAUGCUAUUGUAAUGCUGUAGCUUAGCAACUUUUGUAUUAAUAAUGUGAUUACGCUUUCUGCACAUCCAAAAAUUCUGGUUUUUUUCCCAAUAUUUACUGUGUAAUACUUAAGUGCCACUAAAUAUAGCAAAUCAUGUGCUUCACGCAAGAAAAUGUGCUGUGGUUGUUGCACUGUUAUGGAGCAAGCCUUUUGUUUCCCUUCUGGCCAGGGAAGGAGUUUUAUUUCACAUUCAUUGUUCAGUAUGACUGCUGACUUGAAUUCUAUUUGUGAAGCUGCCUGGUUGUGAGAUCAUUGCAAAAUCCACAGCUUCAUGUCAAAGCGAUUGUCUUCAGAUCAGUCAGGCGAUUUGUUGCUUUGCUCUUAGUAUAUGUUACUGAAUUUGACACAAGAGGAGAAAAAUUACUUAGAGAAGAGAAACAAACACGCUUAACAUGCUCGUGUGCUUAAUUUCUUAGUUUGGUAGUGUGUGUGAACUUGAAUGUUUUUCAUAGAAUAACGUUUCCUUUGCAUUCUCUUCAACUAUCCUUAGAAAUCAUCAGGAACUGUAAAGUUGCAAGGGCCCAUCAUUAGGAGGGAUUCCACCAUGAUUUUUCCUCAUCCCGUGGGCACUCAGUAAAUAAAGUUCUUGAUCUUCACAGAGAAGGAGUUUCUGCCUAGGGGGUUGUCAAUGGAUGUCUGCUGAUUUCUUACAGCGGUUAAUUAAGGGUAACUUCAGAGAUUGCCUAAGAUCAUUUGAGAGUCUUAAGUUUUCAGUGAAAGAACCACAAAAAAUAGUCUAAGAAGCAAGAGCUCAUAUAAAACUCGUAAUUAGGAUAUUCUCACUUUUAGUGGUUCUAGCUGGGGGCAGAGAUAAACCACAUUGCUGGUAUCCUGGAAGCACAUAAUUUCUAAUGUAAUUAGCUUUGGGCACAUAGAGCAGAGAUGUACCUCACUAAAUUUUCUUGAUCAUCUUCAAAGAUAGAACAUCUCACUUACCACUCCAGUCCCAUCACCCCAUUUACUUUUCUCUCCUUCUGCCUAUUAUUCAUAUUUGUUUAAAUUCCACAGAAGACAAUGUUCCACCUUGGAAUGAUCUUUAGAAAAUCCAUACAUUAGAGCUUCUGUUUGCUUUUUUUUUUUUUUAAUUCUGGGUCAAUGAUAACCACUUAUUUAACCCAAGUUAAUUCCCUAUAACUUGUGAUAGUUUGUGAGACUACUGAGUCACACUCUGCUCAUAUUAAAAAAGAAAGAUGUAAAACUUUAAGAUAUAUCCACACAUACACAUGUGUGUUUAUAUGUAUAUAUACAUAUUUAUGUAUAUAUAAAAUGUGUCAUGCCAGACUAACCCUAUAUAUAUAUUUUGUGGGGUCUAGAACUGUGUUUUUAGUAGUAAAUGGGACUUUUGCUAAGGAAAUUACCUCUACCAAUUUAAAUCAGCCAAUUAUUCUGCAAUUUAUGAUUUUAGAGAGUUAUAUGAGACAAAUGGAAAUUAAAUGACUUAACUGAGGUCACAGAGCCAAUAUAUCAGAAGGGGGACUUGAACCAGGUCCUCCUGACCCAAAGGCCAUCUUUCUAUCUAGUAUUUCAUGUUGCCUCUAAACUUUUUACAGCAUUUAAAAUUAACCUUUGAGUCUUUUGAGCACUACUGAUAAUUGUAAUGAGUGGAAGGAGACUUUGAAAUACAUACAUACACACAGAGUUCACAAUAGAAAUCUACACAGGAACAUUAAUUAAUGAAUCUGAUCAUCUUUCAGACCUGAGAUAUUAGCCCUCUGUCCUAAGUUAUAUACAUAUAGGUAUAGAUAGGAAGAUAGUUACUUUGGGACUUAUGGGCAUAGGCUCAUAAUGCCAUUGCACUGGGUUUUGAUUAGCACAAACACACAGACUCUGAGCAAUCUGGUGUCUGUCUCCUUUAGAAGAUUAUAGUAAACACUUGUAUCUGUUCAUUUGAAUUUCCUUAAAAAUUCUUGACUAGGUUUUAAGUCCUUGGCUUUCUAUGUUUAGAAUUUAUUCUAAAAAGGUGAGGAUUUUUAGUUUUUAUUAUUUCCUUCCCCUGCCCUUCUUCUGAAUAGAAUGUUACUAAUAAAUUUUAAAAUUCUCUCUUUGUUGAAGUCUCUUCUGCUAUAAUAAUUCUUAGGGCAUUUUAGAGGGUGGGUUGGGAGAGGGAGUCUUUCUUACCUGGUUAGGAUUAUAAUCUUUGUACCAGAAGAAAUCUACAUAAUUUUAGGCCUAAUAUUGGCAAAACUUCCUUGUUUCCUAAGAACCUUCUGUUCUCAGGAAGAAAAAAGCACACUAAAAUACCUCCCUCCCCCUGUCCAUUCAUGUUUUUUCUCUUCCAUUUAUAUCUUAUCACUAGAAAAAAAUAAAAUUGGUCCCCUCAUAAUUAUCCACAUGUUUAAUUAUUAGCUGUCUACUUUUAGUGUAAUGCACAAGUUAUUUUCAUCCGAAUUUGUUGCUAUAGUAUUAUUUUUUAAAAAAAAGGUUUUACUCUGAGAUGUUUGUGCUGCCUUUGAAAAGAUUGUUUAGGUGGUUUAAUUCUAUACACUACAUUGUAUUUAGGGUAUUUUCUCCACAAAUAACAUUUAUUCUAAAUAUGAUUCCAGAUUGCAACCUCAACUUUGUGCAAAUACAUGAAAAACAAAAUUUUUUGAAAUUUUCAUUUCUUUUGUCCAAAUUAGUAUCAAAAAAGGGAGAACAUGGAGAAAGGAGCUCAUGAAAAAUAAAUUUCAUUUCUAGCAUUUUAGCUUUUUCAGAGCUAAGCAAUGUAUCCAUUGUAAAUUGAGUCACUGGACCAAAAAUUGUUUAUAAUCAGUAUCUGAAACCAUUAACUUUUGAUUUGCCCUUAAUUGCUUAAGUUGUUAUGAGGUCAUUAACUUGUUGUUAUUGUAUAUUGGAUAGAAUUAGUUUUAGACAAAAGGGAUGAAAUUAUUAUGUAAUUUAGCGUGAGAAGUCACCACAGAUAUCUAGUUAAAUGUGUCAAGUAGCAAGAAGGCAACUGACUUUGCUGUAUCAUCCCAAGGCAACCCAUGAAUAGGAAGCUUGGCACAUAUUAUCAUUUGCUAAGAAAAAAAAUCAUGCUAGAGAAUUCCAUACUUUUAAGUGAAAUAUUCUAAUAGUUACUUUUUAUUUCAGUGGAAUUUAUAAUGCCAGAAACUUUUUUGAGCACCUCACUAAUGUGUUGUGAAAGUUUUGUACUUAUUUGCAUCCGUUGUUAAUGAUAAAUUGAAAAUAAGUGGUAUAUUGUAACUCAUUAACGACUAGUAGGAUGUAAACCAGAGUAGCCAAGAAUUUUUUUUCCUCUAAAAUUGGAAUAUUUUGUCAUCUCCUUUCAGUAUUUUACUGCAAUUAUUGUAAAAUGAAUUAAAAUGGUAUAAACAGACUUACUCUUAUUAGACCAUUUUUAUCUGUUUGUAUAUCUUAAUAUAGAGAUUAUGUACAAGUAAAAAAAUCCAAAUAAAAUUCCACUUUUGACCCUA